AUUUCGAGAGGAAGGGGAAACGAACACCGACAACGACCCCCGUCAAGAAGUGAACGAAGCGAACAAACUUUAACCCGUCUAUCUAUCUACCGUAUCUGGUCGACCGAACAAACGGUAGGAGAGAGUUGGAUAGGGCGGGCUAUCGUCUUGCAAAAUUCGAGCCCUGACACCGGUGGGCUGAACUCGCCUUGGGCAGGGUCGCCCGCGCACGGCCAGCAAAUAGUCUACCAGCAGCCACUCGCUCUCCUCACCGACACAUGAUAGUGGACAAACGAGCGAUUCAACUUUCGUUUAUCCCAUUCUCUCCAACUCUCCCAAGUCUUUGAGGAAAAAUAAGGCGAUAACAGACAGAUCUUAGGGCUGAAGUGGGGCUACCACCGAUCAAUGGGUUCACGCCAGCGUUCAGCGAGCGCUCUCUCGCAACACAACACCAUUCAUAGUAGUACACCCUCACCAGGAGGUAUGGGAGGGGGCUCAGGAAAUCACACCCUGCACGAUCACGUAGAUUCUGUUAUGCUGAAUGCUGUGGAGAUACCCACAUUCCAUGGAAACUCGCUACCUAUACCGACCUUUGUACCGGGUUCGGCAUACUCCACAAUAACCCCGAAUCGACCUAGGGCUCACACGAGCGCCGAUUCUUCACCAUCGAAUGUAGGUGUGGCGGCCUUUGGGGGGUUACAGCCACGGCAGCCCUCAAGGAACUCGAUGAUGCAGGGGCAUCCGGGAGGGAUGGGCGUUCGCCAUGUAUCGACGUCUGUACUGGAUGGUGGUGGUAGGGUUCGCCCUGAUGGGACUCAUGGGAGCGGAGGUGUUGGAGGAGCGGGAGGAGCUGGCGGAGUCACUGGAAAUGGGUUUCCCGUCGGAUCGCCGCCGAUGCAGAAUGGGAUGAUUAUUCCGCCUCCGCCUCCUCCCCCGGCCAAGGAUGCGGGCUACGUGCCCAGUGUUGGGAGGAGCCAUGGGCGAGAGGGUAUGAUGAAUUACCACUACACCUCUCAUCAUCACCACCCACAGCAACAGCAGUACGGUGCAUACACACCUCACCAACCCUCCACAUCCUCCUCGACAGCCUCCUUGUCCCUGCCCAAACUCCCCCCUUUAUCGGUACCCCACCAAAACGGUUUGACCAACGGUAACAAUAAUCCAAUUUACACUCCUCACCUGCAUCACUCCCACCAUGCACAUCACCCCCCUCACCACCCUCAUCGUCCGAAUGAAGCAUUAAUGUACCGACAACAAUCUACACAAUCCUCCGAGAGUAUCGCUUCCUCCUUUGCUAGGACCGAAUCAAACACCGAUAGCGAAUACAUGACGCCCGCUAUGGUUACUUCUUCUGGAUCUGUGCCAGCGUCGGCAGGCAGCCGCAGCGUCUCUAAUGGAAUCACCCGUUCUUCUCAUGUGUCUCAUUCUCAUUCCCAACAGUCACCCCUUGUAUCAAAUACAGCGGGUCCCCUUUCGCCGGAUGUGGCGACUGUUUGGACUUUGGAUAGUGUUGUUGCAUAUCUUAGCCGACAUGAAUUUUCCGAAGAAUGGCAGGAGGCCUUCCGUAAUCUCAACAUACACGGGGCAGGGUUUUUAGAAAUGGGGCAACACAACUCUACGAGUCUACUACAGAUCGUGCUACCUGAGGUUCUACGGAUUCGCGGCCCGAGCGCCGACCCUGUUAAGGAGAAGCUGGCGGCUAAAAACAUUAAAAAGAUGGUUCGGGAGAUAUUGAAGCUCUCCCAGGAAAUCCCCAAUACCCCUCCACCCGCUGGACAUAACCCCCUUGAGAACGGAGAAUCACCAGCGGGGAUGGCAAACACAUCUCAGAGAUCUCCAGCUCAGACUCGGUUUCCCACACAAAGGGGAGCCACGUUCCCGGCUUCCAAUAUUUAUUCUGAAACGUCCCACAACGCAUCCGAGCCUUUUCUUCCACGAGGCGGAAGCGAGAAUACUCUGCAACAUAGAGUGGGGGCAUCGGAAUCGCGGUCCAGAAAUGAAUUCUCAAAGGGGGCCUUGGCUAGUGCUGACCAAAUUUCCAGACAUUCCCCAUCAAAUUCUGAUGCCAGUAUACGCGACCCAGCUGACGGCCAUGCAUUUGGGAAACAGGCGCUUUCUAGCAGUCCGCGAAAUUCUCCACACCUAGGAUAUCAGUCCGUGAGCCGUCAUGAGCCCAUCUCGACUCGUCAUGGAAAAUCAAAUUCCCAAGAGUCCGUCACAUCAAGCACCGUGAACCACAGGCCAGGAGAUGGGAAGGGCAAAGAGAAGGCCCUUAUUGUUCUGGGCAUAACGCAGAACGAACGGCCGAUUGCUCGCCAGGAUCCCGAUGGGAAAUCGGGUUCUGGUCUUGUAGAUAGGUUUCGAAAGAAAUUCCGGAGGGAGACUUCGGAUGAUGAUAACGAGGAUGGUUCUCCCACAGGGCUGGGAACCCCGAAUCUACCAUUCACAAUUCCUGAGAAUAAUGCAAGUGACUCUUCACUUGAGCAGGCCUCGGUUUCGUCUGUGGAUGCCUUGAGGGGGAGAGCAAGUAAUCCGAGAUCUGCUCCUGGUGGGGGAACUCCAAAGAGCAGCAAGCCGGUAUAUGUGUUCGCGACAAGAGAUGGAAAAGUAUGGGUAUCUAUAGAUGUGACGAGUUUAGAAAAAGGAGGGGAGAUCAGAAAGGAAAUUUGUCGCAAUCUUGGAAUCAACGACUAUGAUGUAGCAGCUAUUCACCUGACUGAGGUUGGCCAAGAACCUAACGAUGAGACUUUAACAGACCAGAUGCUCAAGCUGUCUUGUCAAACCAGAGGGGAUAGUAUAGCUAGUUUGAAGUUCUUUGUGCAACCGGUGCCGAUGUCUGCUUUUGAUUUGCCAGCUGAAGACUCUAUUGGACAAACAUUGUCAAGUUCACCACCACACCAGAGCUACGCUUCAGACCCCCCAACCCGUCCCGCCAAUGCCGGCCUAAAACCUCAACCUUUGCAACUAGAAAGAACACAAAAACAACUGAAUCGGCGAUCCUCUUCUCCCCACCUCUCGAUUUCAUCGGGAGAUUCGACAUUGAAGCAGAGCGAUAUCACUGGAUCAGCUGAGACACUCCCUGGUACCGGCAUGGAUGGUUCUGGUGGUAGCUUGGAUGAUCUGCGAGAACGGUUGGCGCUUCUGAGGAGGUAUCAAGAUCAGGGGCCUAAGAUUAAUGUUAUCCCCACACCUAGUCUUGGUCCGACACCACCGGGCCCGCAUUCAUCGGUUCAGCCAUCGCCAAAUGAUCCUAUACCGGAGCAAAGCUCUGGAUAUUCAUCGUACACUGGUUGGGAGAACGAUUAUUCUGAAGCACCAUCGCUAAAGCCUCUAAUUCGAACUGCUACAAAUGGCUCGCCUAGUGAUAAUGGUUUGUCCCCGGCAUUACGCAAAAAUGAGCUCUUCUUCGAUGAGGAUCCAUCACCAAUUACAAACUUUGCAACGCUGACCCAUGGCCCUCCUCAUAAAGGCUCUGCUGGCACCAAUCAAUUAGGGGCCGCCGCACAAUAUCGCCGUCAGGGACUUGAAAUAAUUGCCCAGCAACAGCAAGAACAACAGACAGGGUGGUUGGCUAAGAAGAAGAAGGAGAAGGAAACCGAUACGGAGAGGCCGCCUUUUCAGAGGGUACAAACAGCAACCCGCAGUGCGCGGGUGGUUGAUUUUGAUAACCCCAGGCCCUCGCCAUAUGAGGAUGUUAAAAUGGAGACAUUGAUACCGCAACGCAAACCACCACCACCCCCAUCCAAUCGUAGCUCGAUAGGAUCUAUCUCUAGGGUAGGGAGUGACUUUGGGCGAGGCUUGCCAGCGGAUGCUGGCGGGCGUUACGCUCCGGCGACCAGGAGAGUGAGUAUCGAUAGGACGGCUGUUGCUACGGAGAAGGCGCCCGAGAUGUCAGAGAGGGCUUGGAGAAAGGGUGUGUCGCCCUUGCACGAGGAUCGCAGUCCGGUUACAGGAAUCGGAUCCUCGUUGAUAUCGGCAGGCAUCUUAUCUGCUCAGAUUACCAGAACACCAAUUCCCGGUGCGCCCCGCGAGUCUGCUUCUGCACCAUCUUUGCCAGCGUAUAGCCAAGUGGCUCCGCACCAGCAACAACAGUAUCAGCCGCAAGGGCAGCAGAUCCAGGAAUCGCCGAGGCCGCGAGCAAUGGCUAAAGUAGAUUUUGGUCAUUCGGGCACAAGUAGCCCUCAAUCAGAGUAUGAAACUGGGCCCGAGAAGCUUACCCUACAGAUACCGGCGGCACCUCCCCCACGGCAAAGCUCUCCCGAAAUCAGCCCGGGCGACCGCGACGUUAUCCUCGGCAUCCGAAAGUCAACACUCCCGGCGGGUGCUCCAAUAGACAUUCAAGGGAACGAUGUUCAAUUCCUUUCACAGGCCACGCCCACAAGCGCAGAACCUCGAGUGCAGGAGGAGGAAGAGGAUGAAGAUAGUGAUGAAGAUGAUGGUUUGUUUGCAAUACCCAUCUCCUCGCGGAGCGAAAAACCGAAAACCGAAUUCCCUAAGACAGAGGAGAGAAAUAUGGACUCGCCCAGACCUACGUUGACAAUUGCUACCACAAUUGCUCCCAAGAAUGUUACCUUUAAAGCUACGCCCACUACAUCUGCGACUGCCAGUGGAAGCAAUGGUGCGAUGAAUUCCCCCGAGUUCGAGCAAGGAGAUGAUAAGUUAGGGCUGAACUCCCCUGCUUCUCAUAACAUAUCUGCUCCAGGUUCUGCUGCAGCGUCAGCCCACUCCCCAGCUGAUUAUAUGCGCUUGGGUCGUCGGGAGUCCUUUGGUAAAGACGACGUAUGGGCGUCACGUCCUCCCGCGGAAGCCCUUAUUGAUCAUCUUGACGAUUUCUUCCCGGGCCUGAAUUUGGAUCAACCUAUUCCGGACGAAGUUGGCGUGUCUCCACCCCCCUCACCUUCACCUGCCACCGAGAACAAGCCUCAGUCAUACCAACUGGCUGAUAUCCCGUCGGAAUCUCCAAGUACUUCUGAGCCCCCAGGAGCAAUGGGACCGCCACCCCCCCCGGUUAGUAAGGGCAAGAAUGUCCCAACAGUUGUGCAGAGAAACGUUGGUCGUUCACAAUUGGGCCGGAUGAAGUCUAUCCGUGAAGUUGCCAGAGGUGCCCAUGAGAAAUCAAAGAGGUUUACGCAGACAAACACAGCUGGCUUAAAAUCUGGCGAUAUAUCUCGCAGAAAGAGUACAAAGAUGUUCGGAGCUCGCUUGAUUGAAGUCACGCCUACAAAACGUGGAGCUACGUUGCAAGCACAACAAGCACCACCAGCAGCUCAACAACAGAGUGGAAUCAAGCGCCAAGCUACCUUCCGAUGGUUCAAGGGUCAAUUGAUUGGCAAGGGUACCUAUGGUCGAGUCUACCUUGGCAUGAAUGCAACCACGGGAGAAUUUUUGGCUGUCAAGCAAGUGGAGGUAUCGAAAGGCUUGUCAGCCGGUGAUAGUGAUCGACAAAAAGAAAUGAUUGCUGCGCUUAACCAGGAGAUCGAGACUAUGCAGCAUCUCGACCAUGUUAAUAUUGUCCAGUACCUCGGGUGUGAGAGAAAGGAGAUGAACAUGAGCAUCUUCCUAGAAUAUAUCUCCGGUGGCAGCGUUGGCAGUUGUUUAAGGAAGCACGGCCCUUUCGAAGAAUCAGUUGUCAGAAGCUUGACUAGACAGACAUUGAGCGGAUUGGAAUAUCUACACAGGGAAGGGAUCCUCCAUAGAGAUCUAAAAGCAGAUAAUAUCUUGUUAGACAUUGAUGGGACCUGCAAGAUUUCCGAUUUCGGGAUUUCUAAGAAGAGCGACAAUAUCUAUGGUGAUGAUCCUGGAAAUUCAAUGCAGGGCUCCGUGUUCUGGAUGGCUCCUGAGGUUAUUAGACCUGAGGGUCAGGGUUAUAGCGCUAAAAUUGAUAUUUGGUCCCUCGGAUGUGUGGUUCUCGAAAUGUUUGCUGGCCGCCGCCCCUGGAGCAAGGAGGAAGCGAUUGGAGCUAUCUACAAACUUGGCAGCGAGCGCCAGGCGCCUCCGAUUCCCGACGAUGUCGCAGAAGUCAUUUGCCCUAGUGCCAUAGGAUUUUUGGCUGAUUGCCAUACAAUUGAGCCUUCUGAGAGGCCAACUGCUGCAACUUUAUUGAACGAACAUGAGUUCUGCUCCCUGGAUCCGAGCUUUAAUUUCUUGGAUACAAGUCUCUAUCAAAAAAUCAGGGGCCUCAAAUUCUAGUUUCGAAUCCUUUCGAUUGUUCGGCUGAAAGCGUUUGGGUCUGCCUUCUGCUUGAUUUCCUUUUUUUUCGCUUUUCUCAUUGUAAUAAAAGUUUACUGCCCUUUGCAGUGAGAGCAGGUAUUAUAACCAACCUUGUCCUUCAACAAAAUUUGUGAUUUGUUUCUCUGGGCGUUUGCUCUCUGUUAUACCGGGUUUUAUGUUUUAUUGUUAUCCAAAUUUUGUUUCUACUCUUCCUUAUACAUUAUUGACUGAUUAGUUGUAUUGUUCUGUUGCGCGUUUGUUCAGAAGCUGGGUCCUUCUUUCUUUCCUUGUAUGUACGUGGCGUUCUAUGGCAUAUAUGAGUGAUAUUCCACUGGCGGGAGGGAGGAGGGAGGAAAAGUAUUGUAAAUCGGCAUUUGGCGAUAGUUGGUGUGGGGUUGAGUGGGAUAUCCUAAUACGGUAUCUAACAAAUGAUAAUUGAAAUGAUGAUAUC